AUAUAAAAUUAGUAAGUUUGGAGGGUAAACUGGAAUGUCGAUGGUGUCUGUCAACCCGGUUAGGCCAAAUUCCAAAGAGUGCUGAAAAAUCCUAAAAUCCUAUGAUUCUACAUCGUUCCUUGUGAUUGAUAAACAACGUUGUCAGACAAAAUGGGUCACAGAGAUCUGCCGUCUCCAAAUUCAAAUGGAUAUUUUAUAAUCUUGAUGCUGAUGCACUUGAUUAUUUUAGCCCGAGCUUCGAUCCAUGACUACCAAGACGAGUCCUUCAUCCGUCGUUCCAAUUCCUUCUUCUUCCAUGGCGGAAGUGAAGGCCUUUACGCUUCCAAGCUCGACUCUGGCAACGACAAGUCCAGCUCUGAGGAUAGGCCCCUCAAUGGCAAGUCAUUCAUCAGGUUCGAAUCAAUCAUCUUUCGAAGAACCAAGGAAUCUGCUGAAAAGAAGAAUGAGAUGCAGCAGAGGACUGGCUUAGUCGAGGCUAUUGUUCUUGAGGUUAGGGACAGGGAGAAGAUUGGGGGUUCUUAUUUGAACUCCAAUGCAAUAUGCUGCACCCCAGAGCUAUCCAAGGACGGUUCUUGCAAGGUGGGAGAGGUUAUCAUCCAACAAAACCCAGACAACCCUGAUGGGCCAAAAAGGAUUCAGACCUUCUUCGAGGGGAAGAAUGAAGAGGCUAAUAUGGAUAUCCAAACUAUUGAAAUCAACAGCACUGGAAUGUACUAUCUCUAUUUUAUGUUCUGUGAUCCAGAACUUGUCGGCACAUUAAUCAGUGGAAGAACUGUUUGGAGGAACCCUGAUGGUUAUUUACCUGGAAAGAUGUCCCCAUUGAUGACAUUUUUUGGCCUAAUGUCUUUAGCUUAUCUAGUCCUCGGUCUUUUCUGGUUUCUCCGCUUUUUACAGUAUUGGAAAGACAUAAUACAGUUGCACUACCACAUCAGUGCUGUAAUUGGACUUGGAAUGUGUGAAAUGGCCCUUUGGUAUUUUGAAUAUGCAAAUUUCAAUUCCACUGGAAGCAGACCAAUGGGAAUUACCAUAUGGGCAGUAACCUUCAGCGCCGUUAAAAAAACUGUCUCCCGGCUUCUCCUUCUGGUGGUUUCAAUGGGCUAUGGUGUUGUGCGGCCAACUCUCGGUGGUAUAACCUCGAAAGUACUUCUCCUUGGUGUGAUAUAUUUUGUAGCAUCAGAAGCACUUGAGCUUGUUGAGCAUUUGGGGAAUAUCAACGACUUUUCUGGAAAAGCAAGGCUUUUUCUGGUGCUGCCUGUUGCUCUUUUGGAUGCCUGUUUUAUUCUUUGGAUCUUUUCCUCGUUAUCUAAAACUUUGGAGAAGCUUCAGAUUCGAAGAAGCAUGGCCAAACUUGAGCUGUACCGAAAGUUUACGAAUUCUCUUGCAGUAUCAGUGCUGCUCUCUGUUGCUUGGAUUGGCUAUGAGUUGUAUUUCAAUGCCACUGACCCGUUGAGUGAGCUGUGGCGAAGAGCCUGGGUCAUCCCAGCUUUCUGGACUUUGCUUGCUUAUUUGCUGUUGGUGGUGAUAUGUAUUCUUUGGGCUCCAUCUCACAACCCAACCGGAUAUGCAUACUCGGAGGAGACCGCGGAUGACUUUGAUGACGAGGGUAUCUCGCUCACGGGAAGUGGAGUUAAGGUGGCGGGCGGAGACUUGGCAACCAAGCUAGAAAGAAAGGAAAGGAAGGCGUCGAGUGCAGCAGAACAUCACGUGUUUGGGCUUGGGGAAGAUGUAGAGGAAGACAAGAGAGAAUAAGGACCGGCUUUUCUUGCUAUAUUCCAUUUGAGUCUCUCUGGAUAUCAGCAUUCAUUUGCAGGAAUAUAUGUCUUCACCAAUACUGUCAAUGUCUAGUAGAAAGCUGUAAGGUUUGAAGAGGAGGAGGUGGUGUGAGGUUUGUGUAAGAGAAAGUAAAUUAGACCCGAAAAUUAGACGGAAAUUAGGCUCUCAUGUAAAAUGGGCAGAAUUUUCGGUGAUCUGCAAUGUAUCUCCUUAUUUAUAUUUCUUAUCAUGUGAUGGGAGGUACAUCGCGUUAUGAAAGAGAUAGAUUGACAGAAAUAUUCAAACUAUCUAUAUCGCAAAUAUUUCCCGUAA